CAGUGCUUAGUGCAAGCUAGUCGACCCGGGCAAGGCUGCACUGUCACGCAUGGAAUGGAGAUCCCGGCCUCGACUUUGUAAAAACGUUCGGUAGAAAAUCUCGAUCGAACUUGGUUACUGAUUUUUCCAGUGCGUUAUAAUGAUAUGAUUAUUAUUGUUCACAUUCACUAACUAUAUGACCGAGGAUUUUUUUAACCAUUUGGACGAUCACUAUGAACUCUUGGCCGAUGCCCCCGUAUGAGCGGCUGCUGGUGGAUGUCAACCAGUUGAGCUAUCACAACACGGUGGCGGUCCGCAACGAGGACGGUGCGUAUUGGCUGGGCCACAUUCAGGAUAUCGUCGGGGACUAUACUCUCAUCCACUUUGCCUGCAAAAAGGUCCACGCCAGCUGGAUCCAUGCGGGACGGGUGUGGCCUUUGUCGGCUCUUCGGUAUAGCGAUUGGAAAGACGUCCCCGUAAUGGUGGCACUCCGUGAUGAGGACGACGGGCCACUCCGCUUUCGCCGGGCGGUGGUACUCAAUAAUGUCACUUUUUUGGGCGAACCUAAUAUGUAUUAUAUUAGAACGGAUGUACCUGGGGCUAGUAGCGGGUCUUCCGCUGCUCGGACGGAACUGGUGGAUGUAUGCCAAAUUGUCGGGCAGUCGGCGUGGGACGAGCCGGCGCUGCUGUACCGCAGUAGCGGUUUAAUCUUCCGCAAGCACUUUAUUCCGUUCGCCAGGGCGCAAGAGGUUCUGCGCGACCGCGCCGACAAGUCGCGUAUAAUCCAACGUUGCUGUAGAACGUAUCGAAAGGAUGUGGCAUAUAUGGGUGGCUGUCCUUAUUACGACCGAUUCCAUCUUCGCACUGAAGCCAGUGGAUGCACGUUUAUCAUCAUCAGCCGGGCAGGCGGCGUGGAGACCGAGCAGCAGUCGGUGGCAGCGCUGUCGGCACUGCUGCAAGCCCACGUGGACUCUCGGGCCGAUCGGCCGCCCACUGAUUACGGCGACCUUUGCGGCCAUGGUCGCGGGCUCGGUGGCGAAGAUAUGCGAGCGGCUAUACAAUCUUCGGACACUGUGAUCAGUGAUCUACCGCUUCUCCUGCUCUGCGAAGUUUUUGCUCAUCACGACCUGCACUCCUGCAUGAGGCUUAAACGAGUGUGUGCGCUAUGGCUUGCGCUGCUCAGCCGUCCUCAAGCAACGGAGCACAUCAGCAUCUGCUUUGAAACCUGCUCUUGCACCAAAAAGUCUCCCGAUUUGAACUACGGUAAAGUCGCGUCUCUCCUGAGCCGUACGGUCAACGCAGCGACCAAAAGUAUCACGGUGCUGCAGCUGUUCAGCAGUCCCGCUCGUUUGAGAAACCUGUUAGUAGCCAUGGGAAUCACCGUACCGACCAUAAUGUUCAAAGGCUGUACGGUUACAACAUGUGCUCCAUAUUCGAUAUAUCGCUGUUACGGCGCGGAACCAGAUCGACUGCGGUACGCAGUGGCGAUGCAGCCGGCCGAGUUUGACGCGUGCUGUCGGCGUGUUCUGCUGUACAACUGGACCGUGUAUGAAAUGUUCGGCGAUGCCAUCUUCGAGCUGCUCUAUUGUUCCACCCCCCACGUCAUCGACGAUUUAGUUCCUCUGCCCCCCGACGAAACGCAGUGGAUGGCGCGCCUGAAAUGCCGUGCUCACGUCGGCGUCCUGGCGGGCGAGGCCCUGCGUAUCACGAUCCCGCAGCUGGUGCUGCACAGCAGCGAUGGCCACGAAAGCAUGGCGCAGCGGUUCAUGUGGGCCUUGGACAGCCACUUCCCGCCGCUGACCGACGACGUCUACGCCAAGGUCACGGCCGUGCAUGCGCGCUGGGUGCGCAAUCUGCAGUAUCCGGCUGAAUGGGACAGGAUCCGAGCCUAUCUGACAGUAUUCAGUGGGUUCCACGCCGACGGCACGCCAAAGGGAUGGAACGACGUGGAUCUGCGCACUGAGGAUGUGCGCACCUGGAGCCGAUUGGCCGUGUGUGGAAUCAACGACGUAUUUCGUGUUUGACAAGUAGCGGCUCGUGCAAAUAGUUUUGUAGCCGCUCUCACAUGAGUUACAGGCCAAGACCAGUACCACUAAACCUCGCCUGGGCGCUAAACUUUUACCGAUUCUUAUGUUUUUUUGGUAGCGAUACACUACUCGAGGAAUCCGAUGGGUUUCUCGCGUUAGCGGUAAUAAGAGAACAUUUGCUUAUAUUUGGAAGCAGGAAUUGCGGUUGCUUUUGUAUUGGUUAGAUUUCGAGUGUGAUCUAUACUGCUUGCCCGCUUUCCCAAUUGUUGGCUGUUUGAUGGCUAUUGACUAUUAAAGUUAGA